GUAAAAAAAUAAAAAAACUAAAGUGAAAAUGAUCAAGAGUGAGGAGGUGUCGGAUCGCUCGGUUAUGACGAUGGAUCAGCUGGGCUACUACCAUGAUCCCCGCGCCCACUCGCCCUUUAGCCAUCACACCCAUACCCCGCAUACCCACACCCACCCACACAGUCAUCCCCAUUCGGGGCAUUUAUACCGCUCGGGGAAUCUGUUACCUGGUGGCAAUUACCAGACCAUGGGUGGCGGUGGAGAAUCACCCACGGAGUUGGUGGAUGAGAAACCUAACAUAGGGUACAUGGAACUCAAGCAUUAUAUGGAAGUCACGCCCACUGCCACGCCCGUUUCGGCAGCCCAGCACUAUAGUUUGAGUGCCCUGCACAGCAUGGGCACGCCGCCGGCCUCCUCGAGUCCCAUACCACCGUAUGGCGUUCUGAUGACGGCCCAUUCGGCGGGUUCCGCCUCCCCGCAAUCGAACUCAAAGACGCCCACCGAUUUGCCGCAGGAUCUGCAGUACGUGAGCUCCACGUCGAAGGCUCCGCAGCCCCUGCAGGUGCAGCUGCAUCCGAUGAACCACCAGUACACCUCCACCAUCAAGUACUGCUCGAACAACACCAUUCUCAGUGCGAAUGACUACCAACUGCUGACCAGUCACGAGGUGGAGCAGCAGCAGCCACAGCCACAGCCUCCCCAGCAGGUGCAGUCCCAGCAGCUCCAGCACUCGCCAGGCGGUGCCUACCUGCCGCGGAUCUCCAGCUCACCCUCGCAGGUGAUCAGCAAUGCCCACGGGAUGCCGGCCCUAAACUACUCCAGUUCGAGUUCCUCGCCUGCCAAAUCUUUGAACGGCUGCGACUCCUCGCCUCCCAGUCAGAAUGCCCCAGGAGGCAAGGGAUCAUCGGGAGGAGGCGGCGGUGGAUCAUCCAGUAACCAGGAUAACACGCCCAGCACUCCGGACACCACCAAGAAGUCCGGCACCCGGCGGCCCGAGAAACCUGCCCUCAGCUACAUCAAUAUGAUCGGACAUGCGAUCAAGGAAUCGCCGACUGGCAAGCUAACUCUCUCCGAGAUCUAUGCCUAUUUGCAGAAGAGCUAUGAAUUCUUUCGAGGACCGUAUGUGGGCUGGAAGAACUCGGUGCGUCAUAAUCUCAGUCUGAACGAGUGCUUCAAGAAGUUGCCAAAAGGCAUGGGCGUGGGAAAGCCGGGAAAGGGGAACUACUGGACGAUCGACGAGAACUCGGCGCAUCUGUUCGAGGAUGAGGGCAGCCUGAGGCGGCGACCAAGGGGCUACCGCUCCAAGAUCAAGGUCAAGCCGUAUGCCGGUCAUGCCAAUGGAUACUACACUGGCAGUUACGGCGAUGCCGGAAUGGACAAUGCCAAUUUUUAUGCCUCGCCCGCCUUCGCCAGCUACGAUUACAGUUCAGCCGGAGCUAAUGGCGUUUCACCGGCUGGUGGUCAAGGAUUUGGGGAUCCCUGGAACGCCCACGCCGCCCACAGCGGCUCCUCGUCGGUGGGAAUGGGAGUGGGACCUCUGCCCCAGUACUCGAAUAUAUCCUGUCUGGCGGCGGGGGGAAAUCUCAAUGGUUCUGCCUCGACGCCACCGCUGGCCCACUCCUCCCUGGGAAGCCUGACCCCCUCGGCACCCCCCUCUAGUUCGCCCCUGGGAUCGGCGGCGGCACUACAAAGCGAUUAUGCGCCAACCGCGAGUCUCGUGGCCGCGGGCUAUUCCUAUGCAACAAGUGCCAGCAGCCUGGACAACGGUCUCCGCUCGAUUUCGCUGCAGCAGUUGCCCGGACUAUCCAGCAUUCAACAGGCGCAGGCUCAGGCGCAGGCGCACCAUCAUCACCACCAUCAGCAGCACCAUCCGAACCACGGAUCCAUCCACCAAAACCAAAACCACCCAUCCAUGACACCGCCGCCAUCGCAGUCCGGUGGCAACCAUGUGAUCGACCAUUCGCCCAUUGAUCGUAAACCGGUUUACCUGCCGCCCAUCACUCCGCCCCCCACUUCGGUCGCUCUGAAUGGAGGCGGCGGAUAUUACGAGGCGCUCAAGUACUCCAAUUAG